AUGCAGGCGCGUGGGCGGGCGGAGCGCCCAAAGCCUAUCGACUCGCCCACGCGACAGCCACUCACCUCAAGGUCACCGCCGCCAAACCAACCGAACCCUAAACACAAACCCGAAAACCCCUUAACUUUCUACCAUUACAUUACUGAGAAUACUUCCGAAAUUUUCCCGGGAGAGGGCGUCGGCGCCCGAAGCGUCCCUGAGAAAACUGACGGACGUCAUUGCUCCUCCACGCCUUUUAUAAUAGGUCGAGGGGCGGGCGGGGUGAUUCGCGAGUUGCGCCGUCGGAUCGCGCCUCAAUAA